AUGAAUCUGUCAAAGUGGAAUUUUGUUUCCGUGGUGAUGCUAUCGUUAAUCUCCACCGGUAUCCCGGCGAGUAUGCCAGGCUCCGGACAGCAACAGCAGAAACGUCACGUACCGAUGUCCUCGGCGAACCAAUCACCUAACGUGCCACCCUACUGGGAGCAUAUUCUCCGUGAGUUCGUGUACAAGACGAUCUCGCAGCCACCACUGGACAACAUCAACCUGUACAAACGUCUGUUGAACGCGCCGUUUUACGGCGGUCCGUUCGCAAUGCCACCAAACGACGUGGCUAGCGUCGUUCUGUCGCGUGGCGACGUUUAUUAUCUACCGAAUGGCCAUUGGCUCCUGUGUCAGGAGGGAUGCAUCGACUGCGAAGUGUGCGUCGAACACACACAUCCAUCGCUGAAGUGGGUCCUACGGAGGAUCAAGAGGACACCGGUUCACGGCCCACCGCGACAGGAUCUACAAUUGACGGUGAUCCCCCAGAUCGAUGGUAGCUACCACAUGAAAAACCUAUGGCCCAGGUCGUACGUCUACGUGACCACUCAGGCCGAGCAAACUGCGUACGGGAACGAGAGAGUGGCCAGCUAUCCUGGCGGCGGGACUGGUUACGAGAAUCCCGAGGAUGGUUCCGCGGGGCAGCACCGGAGAUCCAAUAAUUUCUGGAGAUUCGUCGAGAGGGGCUCGUUGGCCGAGCGACGCGUGAUCGGAGAACAGAACAACGGGUCAGAUCCUCGACAACACUUCGAAAGUGGUCCCCGUCAGAGUCAUGACGUCACUGUGACAACGGUGACCGAGGGGACUACGGAGGGGGUUACGACGUUCAAUUCUGGGAUACCGCCUCGAGUGAAACCCGAUAGACGGGAAGUGAAUGAUUCGACGCUGACUGGGUCGAACGAGAAUGGGAGGAAUCGAUUGAAACCGUUGAUACCACGGUUGAUCCUUGGAACUGAUCAACUGGGCCAGAGACACUUGGUGCACGUGGUGCCUGCUGAUGCGGCUGGCAAUAGGAACUUGACGAGGUCUGUUCUAUCGGAUGGUCUGAACGCUGCUGGUGUUGGCCAAUAUCAGAAUAGGACUGCCUAUCAGAAGAUUCUGAAGAGGAUAUAUGAUUCAUUGAGCAGCAACAGGAGGUCCAUUGAAAGCUUUCUGGAGACCCCGUCGCAGAUAGAACGUCGACAGACUGAAGAUCAUCAGCUACAAGAAACAAGGAAUAGUCUUGCAGCGUUGAGACAAUUACACAGUCUGCAUCGGGAUUAUAAUGAGGGAAUUACAAAUGGAACUAUAGCGAAACGAUGGCCCCUUGUUUUAACUUGGAAUAGACAGAGGAGAAAGUCCGACGAUGAGGCGAAUUCAAAUGCUAUUAAAAGCGCUCAAAACCCGCAGUCUACUGAUCGCAUAAUAAAACAAACUAAUAGCGCCGACCCUAGCGAUGUCACUUAA